GUGAAUAAAACAUUAAACCCUAAUAUCACCCGCUUUUUCCUCUUUCACUCUCUGUUGCCGCCUUCACCUCCGUCUCUCUGGUUCGCUCGCUACCUGUGCGGUUCGUCUCCGGUCGCUAUUCUCCCACCACCGCAACAUCAUCUCCAUUCUCCCUCCCACAGUCGUGUUAUCCUACAGGGGGUACUGUAGUGGCAGUGCUAGAGUUUUUGCAGGGACAAGCUCUUCUUACCCACAAUGGGUAAAGCUAAGAAGGGACCCAAAUUUGCGGUUAGGAAGAAGCUUGUUACUUCCAAAGCAAUUAAAAACUAUAAAGAAGAAGUUUUGAACCCAGAAAAGAAGAACCUUCUAAAGGAAAAGUUACCCAGAAACAUUCCAAGUUAUUCUUCAGCUCUUUUCUUUCAAUACAAUACUGCAUUGGGACCCCCUUAUCGUGUUCUGGUGGAUACCAACUUCAUCAAUUUCUCUAUCCAGAAUAAAUUGGAUCUGGAGAAGGGAAUGAUGGACUGCUUAUAUGCGAAAUGUACCCCUUGUAUCACAGACUGUGUGAUGGCAGAACUUGAGAAGUUAGGACAGAAAUAUCGUGUAGCUUUAAGGAUUGCGAAAGAUCCUCGAUUUGAGAGAAUACUAUGUACUCAUAAAGGGACCUAUGCUGAUGACUGCCUUGUUGAGAGAGUUACUCAGCAUAAGUGCUACAUUGUUGCAACAUGUGAUCGGGACUUGAAGAGAAGGAUCCGGAAGAUUCCUGGUGUGCCAAUAAUGUACAUCACCAAACACAAGUACUCAAUUGAGCGGUUGCCUGAAGCAACAAUUGGUGGAGCACCCAGAAUUUGAUACAAAGACACUGGUAAAGCUGUGCAUCGAUCCAUAAUGUUGACACUUAUGAAACCCUGCUACAAUGCCGUGCUUGUUUGGUCAUUUUGCUGGCUGAAUGUCUCUGAUGGAAGCUCGACGAUGAACAGUAAGCAACUUUUCAAUGGUGUAACUCGUAGAUUUGGAUGCUGUAAAAUUGUCUCUUCCUCGUGUUGCCUCAAACUACAGUGGUACUUUAAUAGUUCUAGUCAUAUAGAUAUCUGGAAACGAUACAUUCUUUUUCCCUGAAAGAGAAACAAGUUUGUUUUCCUUGAAUCGGAAAUAUUCUAAAUCACAUUGUGAUCAUGCUUCACGUUUCAGAAGCCCUGAAUUGGAAAUUACAGAAUUAAAUUUCACCAAA